GCGGCGGGGGGCGCGGCGCCGGCUGCUUCCCGGCACGCGGCCGGCCUCGAGACUGCAAGCGCGGGCGGCCUGGGGGUCGAGCAGCUUGCGCGCGAGGCCGCGGGCAGGCGAAGCCGGUGAGUUCGCGGUCGGGCCAGAGUUCUCGGGACCCGAGCGCGGCCCAGGAGCCCCAAGAGCCCGGCCCUCGGCUCUGGGGUCCCCGGAGCGUUGCGCUUCCGAGUCGCCCGCCUCUCCGGGCCCGCCUCUCGGCUCGCGGGAAAGUUGGGGCAGGGGUGAGGAUCGCGCGGUCGGGCCCCGCAGCCAGCCGGGCCUCUGGCGUCGGACCAUCAGUUCCGCUUGGCCCUUGUCACCCCUGUUUCCUCCCCCCAGGCCGGACUUCCGAAAGUGGAGCGAGCUCCGGGUUUUGGAGAUGCUGGAGGGAAAAACUCCUCAGAGAUGAGCGUGGCCCCCUUGCUCGUGGUAGCCGCCCGGUUUCUCUAACGCCAUGGCGCGGACUACAGUGAGAAAAAGCUGUCUGUAGCUGACUGCAAAGUGAGCGAGAAGCAGGCAGCGGGCCGUCCCAGCAGGACAUGGAGCCCUGCGGAGACCUCGAGACGCCCCUCGGGGAACCUCCUGGCCCUGGGGGACGGGUAGCUGAGGACGAGGCCCUGGGCGAAGACUCUGGGGAGUGGUGGAGCCCCGAGUUCCAUCUGCAGAGAAAAUUGGCGGACCCCAGCCACAGUGAACAGCAAGAUCGAAGCAGAGUUUUGGAAGAACUUACCAUGAUUGUCCAAGAAAUGAAAAAAUACUUCCCCUCGGAGAGACGCAAUAAACCAAGCACUCUAGAUGCCCUCAACUAUGCCCUCCACUGUGUCCACAGCGUGCAAGCAAACAGUGAGUUUUUCCAGAUUCUCAGUCAAAAUGGAGCACCUCAGGCAGAUGUGACCAUGUACAGUCUUGAGGAGCUGGCCACUAUUGCUUCAGAACACACUUCCAAAAACACAGAUACCUUUGUGGCAGUAUUUUCAUUUCUGUCUGGAAGGUUAGUGCACAUUUCUGAACAGGCUGCUUUGAUCCUGAAUCGUAAGAAAGAUGUCCUGGCAUCUUCUCACUUUGUUGACCUGCUUGCCCCUCAAGACGUGAGGGUGUUCUAUGCAUACACUGCCAGAGCUCAGCUUCCCUUCUGGAACAACUGGACCCAAAGAGCUCCACGAUAUGAAUGUGCUCCGGUGAAACCCUUUUUCUGCAGGAUCCGUGGAGGUGAAGACAGAGAGCAAGAGAAGCGUCCCUCCCCCUUCCGGAUCAUCCCUUAUCUGAUUCAUGUCCAUCACCCUGCCCAGCCAGAAUCGGAAUCAGAGCCUUGCUGUCUCACUGUGGUUGAAAAGAUUCACUCUGGUUAUGAAGCUCCUCGAAUCCCAGUGAAUAAAAGAAUCUUUACCACAACACACACCCCAGGGUGUGUUUUUCUUGAAGUAGAUGAAAAAGCAGUGCCUUUGCUGGGUUACCUACCUCAGGACCUGAUUGGAACAUCAAUCUUAACCUACCUGCACCCUGAAGAUCGUUCUCUGAUGGUUGCCAUACACCAAAAAGUCUUGAAGUAUGCAGGGCAUCCUCCCUUUGAACAUUCUCCCAUUCGAUUCUGUACUCAAAAUGGAGACUACAUCAUUCUGGAUUCCAGUUGGUCCAGCUUCGUGAAUCCCUGGACCAGGAAGGUUUCUUUCAUCAUUGGUCGGCAUAAAGUUCGAACGAGCCCACUAAAUGAGGAUGUUUUUGCUACCAAAAUAAAAAAGAUGAACAAUAAUGACAAAGACAUAACAGAAUUACAAGAACAAAUUUACAAACUUCUCUUACAGCCAGUUCACGUGAGUGUGUCCAGCGGCUAUGGGAGCCUGGGAAGCAGCGGGUCACAGGAGCAGCUUGUCAGCAUGGCCUCCUCCAGUGAGUCCAGUGGGCACUGCGCGGAGGAGACAAAGGCGGAGCAGAUGACCUUGCAGCAGGUCUAUGCCAGUGUCAACAAAAUUAAGAAUCGAGGUCAGCAGCUCUACAUUGAGUCAAGGACCAAAUCAUCAGUCAAGCCAGUGACGGGGAUGUGCGCAGAACUGAAUGGUGGUGGUGAGUAUAAGGCCUGUACUUCCUUCCACCAAAUAUUGAAAAAUAAUAGCAUGUACGCUGAGCCUCACGAGGAUCUGAGGAACGACGAGCACAGCCCAUCCUAUCAACAGAUUAACUGUAUCGACAGCGUCAUCAGAUACCUGAAGAGCUACAACAUUCCAGCUUUGAAAAGAAAGUGUAUCUCCUGUACAAAUACAACUUCUUCAUCCUCAGAAGAAGACAAACAGAACCACAAGGCAGACGAUGUCCAGGCCUUACAGGCUGGUUUGCAAAUCCCAGUCAUACCUAAGCCAGAAAUGCCAGCAAAUGGACGGUCCACAGACACAGGAGGAGGAGCUCCACAGAUCCUGUCCACGACAGUGCUGAGCUUGGGGUCGGGCAUGAGCCAGUGUGGUUACAGCAGCACCAUUGUCCACAUCCCACCCGCAGAGACAGCCAGGGAUGCCACCCUCAUGUGUGAGCCCAGGACCCUGAACAUGCGGCCAGCCCCUUUGACCUCGGAAGAAUUUAAACACGUGGGACUCACUGCGGCUGUUCUGUCAGCACAUACCCAGAAGGAAGAGCAGAAUUAUGUUGAUAAAUUCCGAGAAAAGAUCCUGUCAUCACCCUAUAGUUCCUAUCUUCAGCAAGAAAGCAGGAGCAAAGCUAAAUAUUCAUAUUUUCAAGGAGAUUCGACUUUCAAGCAGACUUGGUCGGCCUGCUGCAGGAAACGGAAGCACAAGCGGAAGAAGAUGCUGGAGCCACCGGGCAGCAGCAGCUCGAACGCAGGCUCCGGUCACCGCAGGGGAGCGCAUCUGAACGCACAGCCCUGCUGCCCCUCCGUGGCCUCUUCUCCACACUCCUCAGGCCCAACCUUCCCACUUGCUGCCAUGGUACCCAGCCAGGCCCCUUAUCUCGUCCCGGCGUUUCCCCUCCCAGCUGUGACCUGUCCCGGAAGAGAAUAUGCCGUUCCCGGAACUGCACCGGAAGUCCUGCCUGGGCCAUCCUCAUCCAAGGACCAGCAGACUUGCCUAGGUUUCCCUUCUCCUUGCUUGGAUACUUUUAUGACCGUUUUCCUGCCUGACCCCUCUGUCUGCCCUCUGUUGUCUCCAUCGUUCUUUCCAUGUCCAUUCCUGGGGGAGACAGCCUCUUCUGCAAUAUUACCCUCAAUGUCAGCAAUGACUCCAAACCUGGACCCACCCCCUUCAGUCACCAACCAAAGGAGAGAGGAGGAAAAGUGGGAAGCACAAAGAAAGGGGCACCCAUUCAUUUCCUCAAGGAGCAGUUCGCCCUUGCAGUUAAACUUACUUCAGGAAGAGAUGCCCAGACCCUCUGAAUCUCCAGAUGAGAUGUGCCCACAAGCUGAGUAUCAGUGUGUUAUAGACAACAGUGGCAGUGAGGGCAGUCCUGCUGCUACCCCUGCACUGUUCACAGGAUCAUCUCCCAGGGAGACUCCAUCGCAUCCUACUGCCGGUGUGCUGUCCCCAGGGUCACCUCCCAGGGAGACUCCAUCGCAUCCUACUGCCAGCGUGCUGUCCACAGGGUCACCUCCCAGGGAGGCACCAUCCCAUCCUUCUGCCAGCGAGCUGUCCCCAGGGUCACCUCCCAGGGAGACGCCAUCACGUCCUACUGCCAGCGUGCUGUCCAUGGGAUCACUUCCCAGGGAGACUACAUCCCAUCCUACUGCCAGCAUGCUGUCCCCGGGGUCAGCUCCCAGGGAGACUCCAUCGCAUCCUACUGCCAGCAUACUGUCCCCGGAGUCACCUCCCAGGGAGACUCCAUCCGGAACUGGUUCUGCAGCAUCAGGAAGCAGUGACUGCAGUAUAUACUUUACUGGUAGUGCUUAUUCUUCUGAAAUCUCUCAAAAUGGGCAGCAAUCUCAGGAUAUACAGAAAAAAGAAAUAUUUCCCAAUGUCGCCGAAGAGUCCAUCUGGAGAAUGAUACAACAGACACCUGAGUGCAUUCUCAUGACAUAUCAGGUACCUGAGAGGGUUAAAGAAGUUGUCCUAAGAGAAGACCUAGAAAGGCUAGAGAGUAUGAAGCAGCAGCAGCCCCAGUUUUCUCAUGGGCAGCAGGAGGAGCUGGCCAAGGUGUAUAAUUGGAUUCAAAGCCAGGCUAUCCCUCAGGAAAUUGACGUUCAAGCCUGUGUCACUUGCGAAAGUGCAGAUUCAGGUGAUGAUGCGGCCACAUCCAGUGGUCAGGCAGAAGACAGCAGCUGAGUGACUGAGGAUGAACCUUCGUAUACCCUUUCCAAGACAUGUUACACAAACAGACCUUUUUAAGUCCUGGACUUUUAAAUAUUUGACCAUGAAGUUAUCAGUGAAUGUUAAGAUUUUUUCUUCUUGAUUUUUUUAAUACACAUAAUCUUUUUGAAGCAGAUGUUGUAUACAAAGUCUUACUUCUCUUUGUUCCUGAUACAUUAAAAUGGCCAAUGAGGCUCUUUCUCUAGUUGAGUUGUCUUCUAAAGAGAUUGGAUGGCCUCUAAAGAGGUAUGUGGAUCUCUAGUUCAGAUGUCACCCAGAAUAAAUUAUAAUUAGAAGUCUAGCUAGAAUGAGCCCCAGACCUUAGCAUGAUUUAUUUUGUUCUGUUACAUAAGUCAUUUUCACCUAGAGUGCUGGAAGAACUCUCGUCUGCAGGUUGUAUACUUUUCAUAAUGGUUUGCGUAAAUGUAGUACAUUCACGUAGGCUUUGUUCAACCUGGCAUUCCCCUGCUUAAGAUAAAACAUUCCGGUUUUCUCACAGCACAUUAGCACAUACUGUCCAUUAGCAUAUCUGGGAUAACCAGGUUUUGAGGGUUGAGUUUUAAUCUUCAUCCUUGCAGAUGCCUUUCCUAUUGAUUUUCCACCUUCCAGUGAAAUUCUGAAAGUCGUAUCUUAAACAUUGAUCAGCUUACCAUGGGCUAACUCUUUUGAGAGUUUAAGUUAGCAUUUACAUAUGUAAUGUUAAAAUGAAAGAGCUGCUUAUUCAACCAAUGAUGUUGCCCUUUUGAAUGUUUUUGUUGAAUUGUAAAGUUUCACAAGUAAUGUAAAAGCUAGUAUCGUUCUUGUAUACUUCUGUGUUUAAAUUUUCAUUCUUAACAAAACAGUUAACUCUUUAUUUCCAAUCAAUUUAUACAAAAGAGGUCACUCCAGCCCUACCAGAGGCCUGAUUUGGCUCUGCCUUUGUUUGCCCUUGAACAGGGGUAAGUGUCCUGGGGAUUGCACAGGAGAAAACGUCCAGGCGAGUUCAGUUGUCCUUCCCACAAGGCCCUCUGGUUCCAUCAGUCAGUGCUUUCUAUGGCGGUUAUAGUUGUGUCUUUUAAGAAGUGAGCGCGAUUGUCUGAUAAAUCCGCUCACUUUCUGGUGCUCUUUAGAGAAGUUCCUGAUUCCUUCUCAAACUUGGAAUGAUAGAUGAAAUUCACACCCCUGGAGGUCAGGGAAAAAAAAUACAAAAUGAAGGUUACAGUAAGCUUUUGUCUUUAUAUAACUUGCAACAAACUAACAUUUUUUUCUUCCCCUUUAUUUGUUUUUGUUUCUUGUGGUUUAGGGAAAUGCUUCUUUCUCAUUUGAAGUGUUACAGCUUUUUGUAAAUUCAUCGUAUUAAUGAUUAGGAAAAUCAACCUUUUUAAUCCACGAUUACCAUCCCCAUAGCUCAGAUUUUCUUUCGGAGUACUGGUUUUCUGGAUGGUAAUUCCAUCUUAAGGUGUCAGAACUAUUUUCAAAUGCUGCCUCUGACAGUUCUUGAAUUUUCUGAUAUUAAGCAGUUCCAUGCACAUAUUCCCGUUUUAUAAAUAGCUCUCAUAUUCUGCUCCAUCUUGAUACUUAAGUGAUUUCUGAAGCCUUUGUGUAUGUGUUGAUCAGGUUGUGUGGUAUUUUUGCUUGAUGAAAAAAUCACAUUUGAAACAACCAGUUGUUAGAUUGUCAGUGAUCUUCUGUAGUAAUAAAGUUUUUGCUUCUGUAAAUAAAAACAAUAUCUGUAGCUAUCAGGAUUAUUGUGUAUUCAUAUACGCCUGUUUUAAGCCUUAUGUUCUCUAAUAGAAGCCUUUCUUUUCCAUUGUUUCUGGGUAUCUGUAUUAUCCAAAUGUGCUCAUUUCUUGGCCUUAGUACACAUUUUCUGGAGUACAUGUUAUACGAGGUUUCAUUGGAAACUGGUGCUUGUCACAGAACUGUCAGAGCAUGAGGAGCGCUCCUGUUGUGGGUAGAUGUGUCCACACACUCGGGUUGCACCUGCUGCUGGCGGUGAGCGGGGGCUCCGCAGCUGGACCACCGCCCCCCAAGGGGGCUCUCCCCAGUUUAAACUUUGUUGUUCAAAUUUAUUAACUUUUUAUAUUAAUGACUAUAGAAAAUGGUAGUAAACAUGUAUAUUAUAGGCUUCAGUGUUUACAUAAAUGUUAUCCAGAAGCUGUAUUUUCUUUGGUCAGAGGUCAAGAUUUAUGAAAAACAAGAUGCUGUCUGAAUGGAAUCAUUUUGCAAUUGAGUGAAACUUCAUUAUAAUUCACAGUGUAUAUUUAAUCCAAAUUGAAAUUUUGUUUCAACUGAAUGUAUAAUUAACUCUGAAUUUGUUUUUAAUCAUUAGUAAUACUCGAAUUGGAUAUCUUUUUAAGUAAAAACAAUAAACUGUGUACAUGUAAAACAUGA